AUGACCGACACUGCCCAGAAACGAGCACCUCCAGGAGGAUGGCCCUGGGCUAAGAAACAAGGCGAGUCUACCAAGGGCUCUGAGGCGCCCAUCAGCACACAAGACAAAGGCGUCCAAGAGCCUGAACUCGCAAAGACCCAGUCUGAGAAUCCCAUCGAGAUGAAGGACGAUGCCGCUGAGAAGGUUGGCAGCACCAAGGAUGAUGUUGUGAGGAAGACCGGAUCAGUACACAACUCAGUGUCCCAAAAGAAGGACCCCGAGCUCAUGACUAACGGCGAAACGAAUGGAGAGACGAACGGCGAGGUUCCCGAGGAAGUUCAGUCCAGAAUCAAUGGCAGCAAGGAUCUUCCCGACGUUCCUGAGGAUGAGGGCAAGGAUAUGACCGAGCCUGACCAACUACAGCAACAAACUGGAGAUGUCACAGAUCAAGCACAGCAAGAUGUCGAAGAUACCACCGGCGAUGUGCAAGACAAAGCCGACGAUAUCCAAGCCCAAACAGAAGAUGUUCAGGACCCUACUGACGACAUCAAGGCCAAGACAGAGGAUCCUGCUAGCGACAUCAAGGACAAGACAGAUGACGUUCAAGACCAAGCACAAACACCGGCUGAGGACCAGAAAUCUCAAUCAGGGUUCUCAAACAUCGCAUCUGGAGUCAAGAAUCUAGUACCCACGUCAUUUGGCAGCAAGCAACCCAGUCAAGCGGAUGUGACUUCCCAGCAGGGAGAGAUCCCGGAGGAAUUCCAGAAGCUACGAGAUCAGAUCGGCGACCAAGACACCUUGACGAUGCCCAAAGAGGCAGAGGAUGGUCAAAAGACUGCCGAGGAUGCUACCGGUGAUGUCAAGGAGGUUGAGCCAGAGCCGAUCUCUGAGCAAACCGAGAACCUCCCCGAGGACGCCGAAAAGAAACCCGAGGAGUUGACCGAAGAGGCUCAAAAGCUUCCGGAGGAUGCUCCCCAGACUGACGAACUCCCCGAAGACGCUCAAUCCAAGAUUGAUGAAACCACUGGUGAUGUUCCUGAGACUGAUGAACUCCCCGAGGAUGCUCAAUCCAAGAUUGAUGAAACCACUGGUGAUGUUCCUGAGACUGAUGUACUCCCCGAGGAUGCUCAGUCGAAGAUCGAUGAGACCGCCGAGACUGCUGGCGACAAGGUUGAUGAGACUGCUGAGACGGCUGAGGAGGCUGCUCCCGAGAUUGACUUCUCUGUCCUGAAGGGAUGCCAGGUCAACAAGGGCGGCAAUGUUGUCAACGACAAAGGUCAAGCAAUUGGGCGCAUCACCUCCGGCAUUAUGGCUCAGCUUAUCGGCCGAAAGGUCGAUGAGAACGGCAAGAUCUGGAAUGACAACGGAAAGGAGAUUGGUGCAGCUGAGCCUAUCCCCGAGAAUGAAUUGCAGGAGAUGGCCGACAGCAAGCCUUUUGAGUCUUUCGAAGGCAACUCUAUUGACGGCACCGGCUUUGUCAUUUUUAACGGCGAUAAGAUCGGAAAGGUUACCGAGGGUGAUCUGAAGGUUGUCCGCGGCAAGACUGUCGAUGCCGAUGGUGACAUCCUUGACAAGUCUGGCAAUGUUAUUGGCAAGGCUGAGCGUUGGGAGGAAGAGCCAGAGCCGGAGCCGGAGCCGGAGGCUGAAGUUGACCGAUCUAUUCUUGCUGGCAAGCGCGUUAACAAGGCAGGUAACGUUGUCGACAGCAGCGGUACCAUCUUCGGACGCGUUAUUGAGGGCGACCCAAAGUCUAUGGUCGGUCGCAUGUGCAACAAGAAGGGAGAGAUCCUCAGCGAGUCUGGUGAUGUUAUUGGCAAGGCUGAAGUCGUCCCUGAGGGCGAACGCGAGGGUCUGAAAGAAGGGCCCUUCGCUGAACUCUCCGGCUUGACAGUCACUAAGGAUGGUAAGGUCGUUACUCCUGGUGGCGAUGUUGUCGGCCGGGUCAUUAAGGGCGAUCCGAAGAUCCUUGCUGGUCGUGUUGUUGAUGAGGAUGGUGACAUCCUCGAUAAGAAUGGCAAUUCCCUUGGCAAGGCUGAGCGAUGGGAAGAGCCUGAGGUUGAGAAGACUAAGGGUCCUAUGGCUGGCCUUCACGUCAACCGUGAGGGUAACGUCGUCGACACACAAGGCAACCUCGUCGGUAAGUUGACAAGCGGCGAUGUCAAUAUCUGUGCCGGAAAGGAGAUUGACGAUGAUGGUGAUGUCAUCAACUCCAAGGGCCAGACUGUUGGUCAUGUCAACCUGAUCUCAGAUAUCCCCGAGCCUGCGCCUGAGGGUGAGUCUGAGGAGGACAAGAAGAAGCGCGAGGAUCUCGAGAGAGAUAAGAAACUCGCAUCUCAAAUGUCCGUCUGCCUCGAGCAGUGCCUCGACAAGAUUAAGCCUAUUUGCAAGAUGAUCACCGCCAAGAUCGAGAAGGCUGAGCGCACACCCGAGGAUGAGCGUGACGAGGAUGCUCUUGUCAAGGAGGUGCGUCCUCUCAUUGAAGAGGGUGGAAAGAUCCUCCAGGAGGCCCAUGGUAUCAUCAAGGGUCUCGACCCCGAUGGCCGUAUCCAGGCCAACGCUAAGCACAGGUCAGCUACUCGCGAGGCCACCUCCGAGGAGUUUCAUCUUGCCGAUGUCAUUAAGGAGCUUACCGGAAGCGUCACUGAGUGUAUUGAGACAGCCAAGCGCAAGCUUGAGGAUAUGCCUCAUGCUAAGAAGGAGCUCAGCCCACUUUGGGGACUCCUUGGCGAGCCUCUCUUCCAGAUCAUUGCUGCCGUUGGCUUGUUGCUGAACGGUGUUCUGGGAAUUGUCGGAAGACUUCUCAGCGGCCUUGGUCUUGGCGGUAUUCUCGACGGUCUUCUAGGCACCCUAGGCAUCAAGAAUAUUCUUGGUGCUCUCGGUGUUGGCUCGUUGACUGAUGCCUUGACUGGCAAGAAGAGCAAGGGCAAGAAAUAA